GACGUGGUGGACCAGGUCCAGGGUACCUUAUCAUCCGCUACCAGAUUCUUCCGGAAAUCGCCCGAGCGAGAAAUGAGGAUGAGGAAACGGUAAGCCUACGUGCGACGAGAUUCGGGAAAGAUCGGGGGUAGUGGUGGAAAAUGGACGGCUCAGAUGUGCGCGGGAAGGGGCUACUGUGGAACCUCCCCGUCCUAAAAUCCAACGACCUCGGGAAGCUCGGCCCCGGCAUCGGCUACGGCGCCGGUUGCGGCUUCGGCUUCGGCGCCGGCUUCCUCGGAGGUGCAGGAAUAGGCGCUGGAUUACCUGGUUUACGAAUCGGACUCGGAUUCGGUGCUGGAUGCGGAAUAGGAGUCGGUUUCGGGUACGGCGUCGGAAAAGGAAUUGCGUACGAUGAGAACCGAAGAUACUCAAAUGUCGGAAAGUUAUUUCACCGCGGUACUCGAAACCAUCCAUCUGAAGAUCAGAUUGAUGUCCUAGUUGAUGAGCUUAUAGAGAACACAAGGAGGCUAAUAAAAGCAACCUCAAGGGAGAUUGAGAAGUGGAGGUGGAGUUAAGCAAGAAGUAGGAAUGGUUGAAAUUGAUGAUAUUAUCAGCAAAUUUGUCAUUCUAUGUUACUAAGUUUGAGGAAUUUGAGCAAUGUUGAUGAUACUAUUUGCUAAAAAAAACUGCUUUUGUAACAAUCCUGUUUUACUAAA